AGGAAUGACCCAAGUGUUUUUCCUCUUUGUUGUCCUUCCUCCCGCUCACCUCCAAGGAUUAUCAAAACACUCUCUGACCUCAAUCUGUGUGUAACUCAAAAUUCCUCACUGUAAUCUCUCCUAUGCAGUUAAUCUGAGCUGGUGGGGGGCAUAUAAGAGAGUCACUUGUGUCCUCCAUUACUUGUUCUCAGGGACUUCGUUCGCUUACUAGCGAGGAGGUGUAAAAGCUCGUCUUUUUAUUUUACUUCUGACCGGUGAACCAAACAUGAACGGGACGGAAGGCCCAAACUUUUACGUGCCGAUGUCUAACAAGACGGGUUUAGUCCGCAGCCCAUUCGAGGAGCCACAGUACUACCUAGCAGAGCCGUGGAAGUACUCUCUCUUGGCGGCAUACAUGCUCUUUCUCAUCAUCACUUCAUUUCCCAUCAACUUUCUGACACUCUACGUCACUAUUCAGCACAAGAAGCUCCGCACACCUCUCAACUAUAUAUUGCUCAAUCUGGCUGUGGCUGAUCUGUUCAUGAUCGUGGGGGGAUUCACCGUCACCCUGUACACAUCCCUGCAUGGAUACUUCGUCCUGGGAGUCACAGGAUGCAACAUUGAGGGCUUUUUCGCCACCAUGGGCGGUGAGAUAGCCCUGUGGUCUCUAGUAGUGUUGGCUGUUGAGCGCUACAUUGUGGUGUGUAAGCCAAUGACAACGUUCCGGUUUGGGGAGAAACAUGCCAUCAUGGGGUUGGGCUUCACCUGGGUCAUGGCCCUCACCUGUGCGGUGCCUCCACUGCUGGGGUGGUCCAGGUAUAUACCUGAAGGGAUGCAAUGCUCUUGCGGGAUAGAUUACUACACUCCUAAACCUGAAGUCCACAACACCUCAUUUGUCAUCUAUAUGUUCAUCCUGCAUUUCUCUAUUCCACUUAUAAUCAUCUUCUUCUGCUACAGUCGUCUUCUCUGCACUGUUCGUGCGGCUGCGGCUCAACAGCAAGAGUCAGAGACGACCCAGAGGGCCGAGCGGGAAGUGACGCGCAUGGUGGUUGUCAUGGUGAUUUCAUUCUUAGUCUGUUGGGUACCGUAUGCCACUGUGGCCUGGUACAUAUUUGCUAAUCAAGGUACAGAAUUUGGUCCCGUCUUCAUGACAAUUCCAGCAUUCUUCGCUAAGAGCGCAGCACUCUACAAUCCUGUCAUCUACAUCCUCCUCAACAGACAGUUUAGGAACUGCAUGCUUACGACGGUCUGCUGUGGUAAGAACCCAUUCGGUGAAGAGGACACCAGCCAAGUGCUCUCCAGUAAGACUCAGUCUUCAGUGGUCUCGACCAGUCAGGUGACUCCUGCCUGAGCACAAGAACCCCUGACGUCACCGCGUGACCCGGACAAUCCCUCCAGAAGAUCCAUUUGGCCAGUCUGCACCCUCUCAAUUCACAUAUUAUGUGAUAAUCUUUAGCAUUUGGACAAUCACUUGAUAUAAUAAUACCGUAUGUUCUGAGCUGCAUGUGUCUGAUUGUGACAUAAACAUCAACAGUACCAAGAUAACUGUUUUUAUAUUUGUUUAGCCUUAAUCACCUGUUGUGAUGCUGCAUAACAUCAUUCCAUGUUAAGUUAAGAAGUUAACAGGAUAUGAGACGCGAGCGCUGGAGCCGUGAGACCACAAGCCCAAAUCAACUCUGUAAAUGUCUAGAUGUCAGUAAAUGUUGUCGGUGAAG